UGUUAUCGUUGUGGAAAGCCUGGACAUUGUCUGAAUGAUUGCGAGGUAGUUUUAUCUGAUUGUUGUCAGCGUUCUGGUCAUAUUACGACUGAAUGUCCUUUAUUGAAAGCUCCAAGACCUCGAUUGGCCAUGUAUGGUUUAGGUCAUGUUGAUUUGUCUUUUUGGGAGUUACCGCUUUCUGACUCCGUCAAGCCAAGAAUUGAAAACACUAGGCUGGGAAGAGUAACUGUAUCAGGGGGGUCUCUUUCUGUCGAUGAGGUGAUUACUCAGCUACAAUGGUUUGUUCCGGAUGAUCUGUACGAGUGGGAAGUGCAAGAAGUGGAGACCAAUGUCUUAAGGGUGAAUUUUCCAAGCAAGUUAGACUUGGUACGAGUGCAGCGUUUUGGUCGGUACAAUAUUCCAGAUUCAGAUAUCUCUAUAUCUUUUGAUUUUUGGAAAAAAGAAGUAGAACCGGUUUGGGCUCCGGAGGACAUCUGGGUUCGUGUGCACAAGUUACCUCCAUUUGCACUUGAUGAUUUUUUGGCUAUGUGGGCUUUGGGUGACGUUUUUGGAAAGACCAAGGAUAUCGACAUUGUUUUCACUCGCGCAAACAAUGUUCUGCGUAUGUUGAUCACUUGUCUAGAUCCUUCACUUAUACCAGCUACUUGGGACUUAAAGAUCAAAAAUGAUUUUUAUCGUCUUAGAUUUGAGGUGGAGGGGCGGGAGCCUAAUAUCUCGCCGGAUAUAACCAUGACUGCUGCAUCAGGGGAGGAUGAGGACCCAAAUGGAAAUGGCUCUGGACAGUUUGAGGAUAAGGUAGCGGAUCGAGAUAUUAAGAGGUCCAAGGGUGACUCUAACAAAGAGACACAGAAUGAUAUCAACACAAAAUCUGCUCAGUCCAAGGGUAAUUCAAAUAAUCUCGCUAAUACACCUGUACAAUUUGGUUCACUUGAUGUCACAAAACUCAAGAAUGAUUGGUCAGAUGGGUGUGUUCUGAAUACGGCAGAAAAGGGUUUGUAUGAGGCAAGUGGACAGCAAAUGCCUGCUGUGCACUUUCCGAAGGAUUUAGGUACUGUACAGGGUUUAUCUGCUGAUGUUGAUGUUGCUACUUCCCAUUUGAUCAUGGAUGUGGCAACAGAUAAAAUACAUUUAGCUGAUACUGUUGAUGACAUAAAGAAUUUGAAGACUUCAAAAUUGGAUGAUACUGGGGCAAGUGUGGUCGCCAAAUCAUCUGACUUUGUGAGGGAGCAGCAUUUGACCGCUGUACCUCUGUCUAUUUCUCGGAAUUUUGGAGAUGAAUCAAAUGCGGUGGGGGAGAAUUCACGUCGGGAAAUCGCUAAUGGUGUACGUCCGGUUGUGCAUGUGGCGCAUGAUCCAAGGCAGGCGGGCCGGUGUUCUCAGGCAGCGAGCGAUGGCUCGCCAAAGCCGGCAAGCGAAUGUGAACGGUGGCGAAACGCAGCGUGUGUGUCGUCCGCGAACAGCCCAGGGACCGGGAUGCUUGACCAGCAAAUCAGCCCGAGGUCUUUGAUGCAUGCCGAACCCAACUUGCAUGGCAAUGGGUGUGCGCCUCGAGCCUCUGUUUUGGGAGAGGCAAAAAAAUUCUCUCGUGAGGAGAUAAUUGCAUUUGGAGGGAUUUCAGAGGAAAGCAUUCGGGGGACUUGAUCUAGUGCAAGAAUCGGAGCUCAACCCAAUGUAGAUGAUACUCAAAUGCAACGGGCUAUGGACUCGGCGCAGCGAAAGUCUAUGUACAAUUUUCCUGGUUAUUCUUCGUGCGGCGCAUUGGAUACAGCUAUGGGCAUAUCUACUUCCGGAGGAGCAGCGGGAUACUAUGGCUACUGGAUGCAACCAUCUAUUGACGGUCACACGGGAUUGUUAUUUCCAGGCUACUGGAUGGCGGCAUAUUAGAAGAAUUGAAGAUGGAUAGUCUUUGUAUUAUUUUCAUCUUUGUUUGGCUGGUCCUUAUCGUGACCUUGGAUACUGCAUGAUUGUAAUAAGUAUACA